AUGUCUACCUUUGGCCACUACUUCAAGGUCACCACAGCCGGCGAGUCACACGGCAAGUCCGUCUCGUGCAUCAUCGAAAACUGCCCGCCCAACCUCGCCCUCACCGAAGCCGACAUCCAGCCUCAGCUCGAUCGCCGCCGCCCCGGCCAGUCCAACAUCACUACGCCCCGAAACGAAAAGGAUCUCGUCACCAUCCACUCCGGCACCGAAAAUGGCCUCACUCUCGGCACUCCCAUCUUGAUGACUGUCCCUAACAAGGACCAGAAGCCCGGCGACUACGGCAACAAGACUAUGGACCUGUACCCCCGCCCCAGCCACGCCGACUGGACCUACCUCGAAAAGUACGGCAUCAAGGCCUCGUCUGGCGGCGGCCGUAGCAGCGCGCGCGAGACUAUUGGUCGCGUUGCCGCUGGUGCCGUGGCUGAGAAGUGGCUGCGCGAGGCCUACGGCGUCGAGAUUGUCGCCUUUGUCACCUCCGUCGGCACUAUCAAACUCUUUGGCGACACCGAUGCCAUGAGCGCCGACCCCGUCUUCCUCAGCCUCGCCCAGACCCUCACUCGCGCCGACGUCGACAAGUUCCUGCCUGUGCGAUGCCCCCACGAGGAGACUUCGCUUCGCAUGAAGACUCUCAUCGAGGAGCUCAGUAGUGCUAAAGAUAGCACGGGAGGCACCGUCACCUGCAUCAUCCGCAACGCCCCCUCUGGCCUAGGUGAGCCUUGCUUCGACAAGCUUCAGGCCACGCUCGGCCACGCCAUGAUGUCCAUCCCCGCCGUCAAGGGCUUUGAGAUCGGUUCCGGCUUCCUGGGCGCCGAGAUGAAGGGCUCCAAACACAACGACCCCUUCACCCCGGCCCCCGAGCAGCUCUUGUCCGCCGCCGAAAGCAAGCUGGGCAUUCCCCGCUCACGCCUCGUCACCAAGACCAACCACUCGGGCGGCAUCCAGGGCGGCAUCUCCAACGGCAUGCCCAUCUUCUUCCGCGUUGCCUUCAAGCCUCCCGCGACAAUUAGUCAGCAGCAGACCACUGCCCUCUAUGAUGCCUCGGGCGAGGGCGUGCUCGCUGCCGGUGGCCGCCACGAUCCCUGUGUUGUCCCACGAGCUGUGCCCAUUGUCGAGGCCAUGGCUGCUCUGGCUAUUGCCGAUGCCGUCAUGGCCCAGCACGCGAGACAGGUGUCUAUUCAGAUGCGCAAGAGCUCAUGA